GUUGCAUGACUUGCUGCUAAAGGAUGCAUGGGGAUUUUUCUCGUGAUCAGCAUCUAUAUCUACUAAUUGGGGUUUUUGUUUUUCAAAAGCUGUGGCAAUUGCUUAGUUUAUGAUUUGCUGCAUAUCAUUUGUUUGUGUGACAUGACAUUUAAAUGACUUUGAUAAGAUGUUUGACCACGCGUUAUUUUGGGUAGCUUAAAAUGUUAUAUAUUAUGCCUGUAUCUAAGUAUCCUAUCUUCCUUCUCUCUAUCACUUCACUCAACACAAUAUUUCUAUGUUGUUCGUUUAUCUAUCCAUGUUAAUGAUGAGCCGUUUCAUGAAUCCUUGACCAACAUUUGUGAUGCAAAUCCAGUCAUCCUAAGGCACUAGGCCCUACCUGACAACUCACACGUCCUGCCAUUUCCUACCAGAAUUGUACUUACAGGCGGAGGAGAAAAAGGGGAUGCAGGGGUAGCGAAAUGCUAUUAUUUCGCUUCGGCAGCUUGUGCAUGCAAAGCCUAAGGAACAUUGUCGUGGCACAAAGUCACAGUUUUAUCUCCCAUCCCAUUUUGCUAGGUGCGGAACAUCGUACCUUCACAACAACUCCUCAUUAGAUCCGGUUUAGGCUCCCUCAAGUCUUUGUGUCUGCAAUGUCUAUUAUCUUCCUUCACGGUCCAUAUCAUAAUUCACAAAUCUACCCACAUUUUCAUCUUUUUAAUAACUUGGAAAUGUGUUUUUAUAUCGUCAAAUGCAUACAUGUCUAUAAUCCAUAUUAGCCAAUGAAUCAACAGAUGGAGCCCUUAAGUCUACUGCUGUCAUUGAAGACCAUGAAACCCCCCCCUAUGUUCAAAACGCAGCGCCUGGCUAUCUGUCCAUCCAAAAAGCAUUAGAUGCAAAAGAAAUGAUUCAAGCGGAAGAAUCAGUACCUCAGCUGGAAAACGAGAAGUCAACGCCUGUAAUAGAUCCUGAACAACCAUGUUCCAUAGAGCUUGAAAAAACAACUUCGUCAGAGGGUGACCAGUUAGAACCCACAGACCUAGAACAACCAGAUUCUUCAACAUCCACGGAACUAGAGGAGCCCGUCGAAAUGCAACCACCAACUACAGACCCAAUAUCAGUAAAACUAGCAAAACAAGAACCGACAAAGUCACCUGUAUCCCCAAAACAACAGGGGCAUACAGAAGAAGCAGAAGCACAGCAUACGGGCGUAACGGAGGGCAGUGACUUUGAACCGACUUCAAGAAAAGCAGACGGAACGCCAUCAGCAUGCAAACCACCAGAAUCACCUGUAACAAGACCAGCAAAGCACCCCACAGGGAAGAUGCCCAUAAGCUCUAUAGAUCCCGCCUCACCACAGCCAUCAGGGCCCGAUUCGUCAGCGUCCGAGCUCAUUUUGUUGUCCGCUUAUGACACAAACGAUUAUAUAGGGGAAUCACAAAUAAGCAAUCCAUCUGAGACAAAUUGGCAGAGGUUAGAAGGGGAUGGAUUGCCGGUAUCUGUACCUGGGAAUGUUAAUGAAGAGGAAAAGACAAGUUGGAACCUCUCAGCCGAUGUCCCAACAAAGGAUUGUGUAGUGAAUAACACUGUCCAGGAAGAUGACGAAGCACCAUCUGCUGUUGCAAAGAAGGUGAUGUCCAUAGGCCUUAUGGAGAUUCAAAGAGAAGCCCCGGGAUUGGGUUCAAACACUGAACCUGAAGUAAAGGCCUCAAAGUUCGCAGAGGCUCAAUUUCAAAAUGAGCCUAGUCCAGGUAUACGUGCAUGCGACUUAAUUGAAGGGCAAUGUCCAGUUGUACCGUGUGCUAAUAAUAUGGACUUUUUUGCACGAGAUUGGUGUUUUACUUACAGCAAUAUAUAUAUGGAAAAUUGAAAAAAGAAAACUGUUUAGGCACGUGCAUGUGACGAGUUUUGUUGUGCACUACUUCCACAUGAUAAAUACUGUGUAGAUGUACAUGUACUAGCAUAUGUGGACUUGUUCUAGCUAACAUUGCCAGACACUGCCACGACGCCAUUUGGUGUGCGUAAGCGUUCCCCAGUCUGAACUUUCAUAGCAUCUUAGAACUGUUUCUUCCCAGAAUGUAUGCUGACGUUUGUCAGUACAGUGUUUAAUGGUUUUACCGGUAACAAUAGGGAGUUGCGGUUUGUCACCUAUUUUUAUCUUUAUAUGUGACGCGAAUGAUGUUUGUUGCAGUUGACAUUAUCUAUUUCUACUAACCUUUCCAGAUCAGUUCUAUGUAUGUGCGUACUGAAAUUGUGUCGUCUGGAAGCUUUUUUGUUUGAUAAUAUUGCAUGAUACAGGUUUCAGUUCCCAAAGACAUGGUGUGAGUUCCGUGAGUUCUGAAACAUAUAUAUAUGGAAAUGAAGGGAUAAUAAAAUUAUAUACUAUAUACAUAUGUCUAUAUAUGUCUGUGUGUCUGACUCCACCAGAGUCUGUUUAGCUUAUCUGCUGUAAUAAUUUGAUUUGUUAAAAGACAGAAAAAUUUAAUUGGAAGUUGAGAUAUUGAAAUUUGUACUUUGAUUAUUACUUAAAGUACAAAGUUGAAUGUUUAUAUGAAUCAUUUAUGUAAUUUCUCCUCAAUAUAAUGCAUCACGUUCUCUAUUUCAGUAUUUGUUAACACAAAAGUUGUAUAUAUUUGUUACAUGUGAAUAUUUAGGGAAAAGAUCAACUUGAUGAAAAAUUGUGACGUUGCUCAGGAAAGGUGCGAACAAAACCUGGAAACCGACCAAUGGCUGCAAAUUAGGUAUAUUCAAACUAGAAUUAAAACACGUUUGGUU